AUGCUGACGCGGCCCCGGGGGCCGGCGCCGUACCAACUCGUGACAGAGGUCAAGCAGAUCCUCAACAUCAGCCGGGCCCAUCGGCCCGAGUUGAACAACUUCUUUUCGGCUCGAGGACGAGGGCGCGGAGGGGCACGUGGUGGUGCACCCUCGACACAUGCAGCUUUGGCCAGCAUCAAUGUGGCCGUCGGAAAAGGAGACUUCCCCGGCACAUGUUUUGGCUGUGGGAAGCAAGGGUACCGACGCUUCGAGUGCCCCAACUGUAAGGACAAGCCUUACACAAAACGCGCCGACGCGCGGGCUACGGUUGCCUCGGGCUCCACCCAGGCUGCGACAAGCGCCCCCGUCACGACAACACCCUCGGCAAGUAUAAGUGCCGCUUCAGCGAAAUCCGAGCAAUCGGAGCUGGCGGACUUAAUGGCACAGGUGAAGUCAAUGCGCGAGGAGCUCGAGCACUAUCGGGCGAUGAAGAAAGAGGGUUUUUGA